ACAAAACUCAAAUAAUUAUAUUUCGUAUUUUUAAAUCUAAAUACAAAUGUAUCACAAUUCUAAACAAAAUGUCUGUUAAAGAAUCUGAAACCCAUAACCUUGUUCCAAUUGUUCCAGCUGCUGGAAAACCAUAUAAAUUUUCUGAAUCAGUUGGUGAUAUUUUCAAAGAGUAUCCUAAAGAAGAGUUUGCAGAAAAGCUAGUUAAACAAAACAAUCAUAUAUUGAGGACAUCAAUAGAUCGCAUACCACCUAUAAUACCUGAAGCCAAUAGACUUAAAGAUAUCUUAGGUCCAGAUUCUAGCAAGAGUCGUUUUCUUGAAUUCAAAGAUCAAUUCUAUGAGAAGCUAUAUUGCAAAAAAGUCCCUCUUGGCAAAUCAACUCCUACCAACUCAAAACCUGAUAAUGUCACAAAUGACAGUGUAACUUUUGGAAAGGUUAGUGAAAAGUCCGAGAGGGUUUAUGAACUUGCUUUGCCAAACAGAAGUAAUGGAGAGGUCAUGAAGGAAUUCGUCAAAUGGCAUGAUAAAUACAAAAUUAGUCACGGAAGUUAUUUUCCAUCUGAACAAAAAAACAGACGAUACAAUAAAAACUUCAAUCGAAAUCAAGUUUUCGGGAAAAUCAUAAAGUUCGACAUGUCUGGAACACAAGUUAAACGAAUUCUUCAAGAAUCUCCUUACACUUCAAAAAUGUUCAUUAUCAGCAAGGUUCAAGAAGAAAACAUACAACGACAUAAAUCAUUGGUGGGUCAGCCGAUUCGAAGACCAAAUAUUGUACUGCCUCAAAGUACCACUUUCGGAGUGGCCACCACUCCAGGUGAAUAUAAUGUCGCGAAGCUUCUGAGAACCUCAGUGGAACCAGAAGAAAUCUCCAAAUACGCAAAUGAUACAACAUACCGCUCAUUUGCCAAUGAACUUCAAAAUUCCAAUGCUGUUUAUAGAAGUCCAGCUGGAAAAAUUGAAAGUCCAUAUCCUCGUAAAGGUGACUGCAGAUUUUUCGCUGAGAAUCUUGGUGAAGAAACUACAGUAAAACAACUUAUCUCACCAACAAUUCCCACACAUUUUGGACUGAGUCACAGAGACUUUUUUUUACCUCGUUCCAAGGAUAAAAUCAAAGAAAUCUUCACCAAAGCCGGUUGGGAUCUUGGCGAUGAUGAGAAUUUUGAAAAGGUUUGGUCCUUGGCGUCUUCACAGUGGGCCUCGACUGGUGGAGGUGUUUCAAUUGAGGCUUUCAAAUUUGCUUUGCAAACAAUCAAAACAAAUGUACAGUAAUUAACUUUUGAUACGAAUAGAAUAAAAAUUCUUGUUUCUUAUUUUCAAAACUGAAAAAAACGAUUUUAAUGAAAUAUUUAAAAACCUCAAAAAAGCUUAAAACGUG